GCAUCUGAUGGAUCGGCAAGAUCCGCGUCAUAAAACGCAUGUCACGCGCGACAGUUGCGACGGCGGAUCGGACAUUCCGCUUAUGACAGGGGAGAUAUGGAUUGCCCCCACGUGUUCGGGGGCCUGGUGGAGGGUCGCACGCCAGGUGUGGCUGGCGCCUUAUCUGGCCAUGGGAAACGCGAAAGUCGAUGCUUGUCAGCGAGUGUUCGCGACGCGCCGCAACCCCGCUUCAUGUGCUACCUCCGUUUCCGUGAUCGUUCGGAGCUCCCAGAUGAGUUGGCCUUGAGUUGCUGGGGACAUGCUGGGAGUAAGGUGGCUACUCGGAGAAAGGCGCAUGUGUUGACCUGGCUUUGGCUCAUCGCUGUCGCCUCGAGUCGCGAGCUGAGGCUCUGUAUGCAUGGCUAGCCAGCCUCGCGGCCUUGGGCGGGUCCUCCACGCAAGGGCAGCCGUGACCCAGCGCGAUAUCCGCUAUCAAUCACAGCGAGGG